AUGAAAUCCGCUCCCGAACGAUUUUACGGUCUUGAGUCGAAGCCGGAUCUCAUAGUGAAGUGGGAUGAUGCUUUGGCAGCCAAGGCGAUGGUGGAAGCAGUUGAGCCAGACAAUCACGGAGAUUUUUUCGAGACCCGAAACUCAAUGCUUCCCACGAAGAGGUAUAUGGGACCGCCGGAGGAGAAAGUGUGCUUGAUUCUGCUAAACUCCUUCAAAAAAUAUGCAGAUAAGACAGAUGCAAAAGUGCAAUGUCAAUGCAAAGUCAAACAGUGCGCAAUAGAAACCAAGGGCGAUUCGAGGAAUUGUGACGAGGGAGGAAGUAUUUGCCCCGAUGGAGUCAAAGUGGAAUGA